AAAUCCGGAAGUUGCGCUCGCGCGAAUAAGCUUACGCUUCAUCAAAGCCCGUGAUGUUUAGCUAAUACUUUCUGAAACAAAUUACUCGCAGCUGCUCGUAAUUAUUGACUCCUGUAUUUGCUAAAAUAACGUACUAAAUAUGCGAAAAUUUAAGGCAUAUGUUGUACUUAAUGCUAGCCGCUUUGUGGUGUUUCGACCUUAACACGCAGUGCGCAGUCAUUUUCAGUGAUGGUCAUUCAAAUUUAACAGCGCUGGAAGAAGAAGGGAGUUUGCGGAAUAUAGGAGGGCAUCAGGAGUUGGUCCGACUGCAACAGGAAAAGAUGUGAGCUUGGAAUAUCUCCCCGAUUUCCUCUCUCUCUCUCUUUCUCUCUCUCUCUCUCGCUCUGUUUCUUCUUGGGAACUAAGUGGAAAUGUUGCGUUGAACCGUUUAAUUUCACUGUUUUUCAUUUGUCCGGGUUGAUUUGCUGGAUUAUAGGGUCACUGCAUAGCCUAAAUGGAGACCGCUCCUUAAAACAAACGGAAAUCCAAUGCAAUUUUUUUUUAUCCCCCAAUAACAAACAUGGGGGCAUAUUUCCUAAAAACUACAUUUGCACCAUUGGCUGUUCCAGCUGCUGUGCAUAUGUGCAUUUCAAUUUCACGAGUCCUACCCACAUUGUGGGUUAUUGCAUAAUAGCUUCUCAGUACAGGCAGGAGAGCAGCCUGCUGAGUUAGUUGACGAUGAAGUCCAGGAGAGCCGGACCUCCUGACGGGGGUUAUGGCUGGGUGGUGGUCGCAUCAGCGUUUGUCAUCAUGGGCCUUACAGCUGCUGUCCUCAAAAAUUUUGGCCACUUUUUCCUGGACAUCCAAAGUCAUUUUGGAGUCCAGGCCAGCACUACCUCUUGGGUGACAUCCACAACAAUUGCCAUGUUUCACAUUGGAGCUCCAGCUGCCAGUGCUCUGACCUUACAAUUUUCUCAGAGAGUUGUCAUCAUGAUCGGAGGCCUGCUGUGUACAACAGGGAUGGUGUUGGCAUCUCUGGACCUCAGUCUGCCUUGGCUUUACCUCACAAUGGGCAUCCUGGAAGGAACAGGCAUUUCCUUUUCGUGGAUUCCUGCCAUGAGUAUGGUGAGCCACUACUUUGCACGGUGGCGUCCCAUCGCGUAUGCCAUUGCCAGCUCAGGGGAGUGUGUCUUUGCUGUCAUGUUCAGUCCCCUCUUACAGUGGCUCAUUGAGAUGUACAGCUGGCAGGGUGCUUUGCUCAUCAUUGCAGGCCUUCAGUUUAAUCUUUGCGUGUGUGGUGCACUCAUGAGACCCCUGGAGACGACCAGCGGUCCAUCACAAGAAAGUAAAGACAGCUCAGAGGAUGAUGCUGCUGUGCUCACAUCAACGAGCAAGACAAUCUUCCAGUGUUCCCUUCUGAAAAAACCUGAAUUUCUUCUCUAUAUUCUGUUUGCAAUCUUUGCAGCAGCAGGGUUUUUCAUCCCCCCUCUCUUUCUGGUGCCCUUUGCUAACAGUUUGGGGAUAGAUAAGUACUGGCCGGCCUUUAUCCUGUCUGUGAUGGCAGUAGCUGACCUGGUAGGGAGGUUAUUCUGUGGGUGGCUUGCCAACAUGAGCUUUCUGAGGAACCUGCAGCUCCUCACCAUUGUCGCCACUCUGCUUGGGGUUGUGUUGCUCCUUCUACCCAUCAGCCACAACUACUGGACCAUCCUAGUUUUUGCUUCGCUCUACGGCUUCUUGUUUGGCUGUGUGGUGGCCAUUCAUGUCACUUCCAUUGUGGACAUUGUGACCCUAGAUGGAUUCGACAGUGGAUUGGGGCUCUUUAUGCUGUUCCGGAGCAUCGGAGGCUUCAUUGGUCCACCUGCUGGAGGUUGGCUGGUGGACAAGACCAAUGACUACAGCUCUGCCUUCCACCUUUCAGGCUUCUGCCUUAUUUCAUCUGGAGUGUUUGUCCUCCUGGUCGACCGCCUGGUUCAAAGGAGGAAAGCGGUGGAUGCUGAAGUUCAUCUGUCCUUCAACCAACAAGGAGAAACGGGAAAAGUCGAAUGAGACAGUUACGAAAGGCCCAGUUAGACUGUUAGUGCGGUGCUUGGUUUAAUGCCAGGAGCUGGAUGAUUUGGCUGACACUGACUCGAGGGGUAGGUUUGGGUCACAUGGGUGCAUGUUUUAUAGUGGCGCUUGAGAAGUUUAUAGGCUUGUUUAUAGUAUAUAAAAGUAUUUGAGCUUUUGCUUUUAUUGGCUUUUGUUUAUUACCGUUUUCUCUAAUAUUAAUUUUCUGUAAACUGUUAAACAGUCAGUCACAUCAUGUUGGAUGGUCCCUUUGCCUUAAUAGACCCACUUCAGCUCUGAGAUUUUGGUGAGCACCUAAUUCACUGAUGUAAUUCAGAAUUUCAAGUAAUUUCAAGUCAAGAUGCAGCAAAACCAGCUCUUAACUAUGACAUUGCAUCAUCCCACCAUGAAAUGGUAGCCGUUUAUUUUCCUCCAAAUGUAAAAGUAUGUAUGCGCUUUACUUCCAAAACUUUAAUGAUUGUGAGAUUUGCAAGAGUCAAUCUGCACUGUGCCCAUCUCAACAUAAUUUCUCAUUUUUGCCUUAAUUGUGUUUAUCUUGAUGCUUUCCAUCUACUUGAAUGAAAAUCUGUGGAUGCUUUGUUAUAUUUCUGCAGAAAUAGACAAAGGGUUAAACACUUAAAAGCAUCAGAUGUUUUUUUAAAUCAGUUAUUACUUAACGUAUAAAAAAAAAAACAA